AUGGCACAGCUUGAAUCCCGCAAACACAUCUCCCCCGACUCCGGUUUCCCUAUUACUCUUCAUCCCAAUUUCAACCCUAAGAUCGCCGGCUAUGUCCCCCCCGAACCCAUUCGCGAACCGCUCAACCCUCCCAAGGAUCGCGCAUUAUUCGCCGAUCCCGAGAAAAGGGCACUUUUGGCUGCUGCAAAACGCGUGGAUCUGACCGAAGGUAUAGGCACAGUGUUGGAAAAUGUGCAGCUCUCGCAGCUCAACAAACAGCAACUCGACGAAUUGGCGCUUCUAGUGACGGAGAGAGGCGUUGUAUUCUUCAAGGACCAAGAUCUGACAACGAAAAAGCAGAUAGAACUGUUCCAGCAUUAUGGGAUCCUGGAUAAACAUCCUGCUCAAAAGGAUCAAGAAUUUGUCACUAUCAGGGGCAGUCGCGAAGACCAUCGUGAGAUUGCAGCCUUCACUCCCUGGCCUAGUGGAGAGUGGCAUGCCGAUACUUCGUUUGAGAUUAACCCACCCUCCUACUCUAUGCUCCGAAUGGAGGAGCACCCGGAAGUUGGUGGUGACACUGCCUGGGUCUCUCAAUACGGUCUUUACGAUGCCCUAAGUGACGCCUAUAAAAGGUUCCUGGACGGUCUACAUGCAGUUCACACCUCUCGCUUACAGUAUGAUACUAUCCUCGAUCUCUGGGGAGUUGGCCCGAAUCGCCCUCCGAUUGAUACUCACCACCCAGCCGUCCGAACACAUCCAGUAACUGGUCUUAAAGCCCUAAACGUCAAUACCGGCUUUGUAACGGGAUUCGCAGAGUUGAAGAAACCCGAAUCCGAUAAAAUUCUGGACUUCUUAACCUACCAUAUCCAUGCCGCCGAUGACCACUAUGUGCGCUGGAAAUGGAGAGUAGGCAGCGUUGCCAUGUGGGAUAACCGAUGCACCCUCCACCGUGUCAUCCCAGGGUCAUACGAAGGGCCUCGACGCGGUGUUCGGACAACAGUUUUUGGCGAGAAACCAUACUUCGAUCCAGCAAGUGAAAGCCGUAAGCAACGAGAGCUGAGGUUGAAGAGGACCAGAGAGAACGAAGUUGCAGCCACGGAGCCGAGCAGCACGCCAGCCUAG